CAGAGUUAUGUAAGCAUAGUUUCAUAAAAGGAAUGCAUGCAGUGGCCAUCCGCGGACUCAUUGUUAUUUUUUUUAACCAUGAAAGCUUAUUAAAAAUAACGCACAGCACCGCGAAUUCCUAGGGCUGCCUGAUAAACAAGGUUCAUUUGCAAACCGGGCGGAGUGAAAAAGGACCGCGUAGUAGCAAAUCUAGAAAACCCAAACCGAAGGAACCGGGUCGGAGUUAGCAGGGGCUUUGGAUUCGGUGCGCCCUCUCUCGGAGUAUCGGCAUUGCUCCCCCUCCCCCCAGUCCUGCGCUAACCACGGCCCCCGGGGCCAGAGCCCGGAGGCUGCGCCACAGACAGAUUCCUGAUCUGGGCUCUGGCCUCUGGCCAUUGGGCUGCCAAUGAAGUAUAUCCUGGUCACUGGUGGGGUCAUCUCCGGCAUCGGAAAAGGGAUCAUUGCAAGCAGCAUCGGUACUAUCCUAAAAUCAUGUGGCCUCCGAGUGACUGCCAUCAAAAUCGAUCCUUACAUUAACAUUGAUGCUGGAACCUUUUCGCCAUAUGAGCAUGGUGAAGUAUUUGUAUUAAAUGAUGGUGGAGAAGUUGAUCUAGACUUGGGAAAUUAUGAAAGGUUCUUGGAUAUUAACCUUUAUAAAGACAACAAUAUCACUACUGGGAAGAUCUAUCAACAUGUAAUCAAUAAAGAGAGGCAUGGUGAUUACUUGGGGAAAACAGUACAAGUUGUUCCUCAUAUUACUGAUGCUGUUCAGGAAUGGGUGAUGAAUCAGUCCAGAAUUCCGGUGGAUGGUCACAAGGAAGAACCCCAAAUAUGUGUCAUAGAGCUGGGUGGCACUAUUGGAGACAUCGAAGGCAUGCCAUUUGUUGAAGCGUUCAGACAAUUCCAAUUUAAGGCAAAAAGAGAGAACUUCUGUAAUAUCCAUGUUAGCCUUGUACCACAGCCCAGUGCUACUGGAGAACAGAAAACCAAACCUACACAAAAUAGUGUUAGGGCAUUGAGAGGCUUAGGAUUGUCUCCUGACCUGAUUGUGUGCAGAAGUUCAAAGCCCAUUGAAAUGGCUGUAAAGGAAAAGAUAUCCAUGUUUUGCCAUGUGGAACCUGAGCAGGUUAUAUUCAUCCAUGAUGUCUCUUCCACUUACCGGGUGCCUGUCCUUUUGGAAGAUCAAGGUAUCGUCAAGUAUUUUAAAGAGAGAUUGGACCUGCCUAUUGAUGAUCAUGCAAGUGAUUUGCUUUUCAAAUGGAAAAAUAUGGCUGACAGGUAUGAAAGGUUACAGAAAACAUGCUCCAUAGCCCUGGUUGGCAAAUAUACCAAACUCAGUGACUGCUAUGCAUCAGUAUUUAAAGCCUUGGAACACUCUGCUUUGGCAAUUAAUCACAAAUUAGAUUUAAUGUAUAUAGAUUCUACUGAUCUAGAGCAAUCUUCUGAGGUUGAGAACCCUGUGAGAUUCCAUGAAGCCUGGCAGAAGCUGUGCAAAGCACAUGGUAUUCUAGUACCAGGAGGCUUUGGCUAUAGGGGCACAGAGGGAAAACUCCGGGCGAUUUCUUGGGCACGAACAAAGAAAAUACCUUUUCUGGGCAUUUGUUUAGGGAUGCAGUUGGCAGUGGUGGAAUUUGCCAGGAACUGCCUUGGUUGGAAAGAUGCGGAUUCUACAGAAUUUGUACCAAAUACCAGCAUUCCUGUUAUAUUCAAACUGAGGCUCUGCAAAUGUGACUUUGCUAUGGUGAUUGAUAUGCCUGAGCAUCACCCUGGCGAAAUGGGAGGAACAAUGAGGCUGGGGAAAAGAACAACUGUUUUCAAAACAGAAGACUCUAUUUUGAGGAAACUCUAUGGGGAUGUUGGUUAUGUAGAAGAACGGCACAGACAUCGGUAUGAGGUUAACCCAGAAUUAAUACAGCAAUUUGAAGAGAAAGGUUUGAAGUUCGUAGGUCGGGAUGUUGAAGGAGAAAGAAUGGAGAUCAUUGAAUUAGCAAAUCAUCCUUAUUUUAUUGCUGUCCAGUUCCAUCCUGAGUUUUCUUCUAGGCCAAUGAAACCUUCUCCUCCAUACCUCGGUCUGUUGCUUGCAGCAACUGGUAUGCUCAGUGCCUACCUCCAACAAGGCUGCAAACUGUCUCCAAGGGGCACAUUCAGAAAGAAUGACAGCUACAGUGAUCUUAGCGACGACAGCCUUCCAGAAAGAAAGAUUUCUGAAGUGGAAGCCAACUGAGACUCCUUCAUAACAGAAGGGACCUGAGCAGCCUACAAAUCUGUUGAAGUCAAUUGAAGAAACUGCUGGAAUGAAACCAACACGACAUCGUUCGCUAUUCCCUUUCCAAUCAAUAAAACUCUUUCACCCCUUUUACAAGUAGAUUGGAGAUUCAAAGCUACUGUAGUAAUCUAAUUCCAAUUCCAAACUACUGAUUUAAAAAAAAAAAGGAAGAAAAAAGAAAAAGAUGGGUUUUCCUCCUUUCUCUUCUUGCAAAGGCUGUUGUUGGUUCUGAUUGCCUUACCAGAAGGAAAAUAAAACUCCUUCAUGCAGAUGUGUUGCUGCUGUUGUUGUUUUUUGGUCGUGUUUACCAUGAUGAAAAAAAGAUUCAUAAAAGUUGAACAGUGACUCAUGUUAAUUGAACCUUAGAAGAUGUAUUCUGUGGAAAUGACAUAGGCAAGAUGUAUUGUAACUCUUCUUAAGACCAAAAUCUUAGGCUUUUUAUCUAGAGGAGCACUCCUCCAGAUUUGAAUGGCCUCUGAACUUGCUUAUAUUUUUCAUUUUGUUUAGUAUUCCUUCCCAUUAACAUGCAGAUUAAGCAUUCAUCAAUUCUAUUAUAGUUCCUGAUUUCUACUAUUGAUUAUUCACGGGAAGAUUUAGGGUGUUUUGUGGGUGGUUGUGUAUUUUUUCCCCUUGAAAGCAGAGUUUAUCUAUUCAGUUGCUGAGUAAUUUGGGAGGGGUUUGGUAAAAUAAUAAUUCUGUGUAGUGCUGUCAGAUACCAAACAUUAUAUGAAGGCACCCAACUGUAAAUUUCUCACCGUGUUAUGAUUAAAACAGAACUAACCAACUGUAUUGUCAUUGUGACUGUCAACAAAACGUCAAGGAAAUGCAAGGGCUUCCCUGUGAAAAUUAAGCAUAAGUACUAGAAAAAUUCUAUCCCCAAAGACACAGCUUAGGUUGAAAGUUGGACUUGGACUGUGAAUAGAGAAGUUCAUGGAAAAGUAGAGAGGCUAACUUGAAAUGAGAAAAGAGUCCUAAAUAAGUUUCUAGUUUGAAGGAUCAGAAUUUCUAAAUUCAUAACCUGGAGGUGAGAAAAGAACUGUAGUCAUGAGUGUUUUAGUAUCAAACUGAAAGCAAUCUCAGUUAUUGCUUGGUAGCUAUUUUCUUGGGGUGGAAGCCAGUGAAAGCCAAUAUGGUAGCAUGGCUUUGGUCACUCAGCAUUCUGUGGCUUCAUAGAAAUGACAGGGGAAAACAUACAGACCACUGGUGCAGAAACCAUGGAGUUCUUAAAUUAAUGACCUAAUAGACAGCAAUUACCUAAGAGAUUGGCCAGGGAGUACUUAAAUUCUUUAGGUCACCUGACUAGAAAGGUGCCAUCAUAUCAACAUUAAUUGACAUAGUUGCAGAAAUGGCCAAUCAUCUCCUUUUGCCAGUGUGAAUCAAUCAGGUCACAAAUCAAGCUGAUGUCUUCCUUGGCCAGCUUGGCCAUUUUAUGAGUAGAAUUUUACUCAUCACCAUCUUUAACCAUUUUAUACCAUAUUUCAUAGAAAUACAGAAUUCCAAAAUGGGAAAAGAGUUUAGCUCUGUAGUCCAACUGCAACAUUGUACGGAAAAAUUAAGGACAGUUUGCUGAAACAAAUAAAUAAAAUUCAUCAUUUUGAAUCACAUCUCUUCAGAAUAUGGUCAAAUUUCUCACUGUAUGUCUUCCACUGAGUGUUGUGUAUGCUUUGCAAGGUCCUAGUGAAAUUAUAAGCAAUUUUAUAAUAUUUAAAUAUCUUUUCAAUAUCUUUAUAUUACACAAAUAAAGAAUUGUUUUGGAACUAUGUAA